UGGAAAAAAAAAAUCUGUCAGUUUUGUUUGAAGUUUUUUUUUGUGGUUUGGUUUUCUGCGUGGUUUGAUGGGUCUCUGUGUUCUCUGUGCUGCUCUCAGCUCUGUAAAAAAAAAGAAAAGACAAAGAGUCAACUCCAGAACAUCAAAGACUGGAGGAUAGAGGGAAAGACCGAUACAGAGAAGGAGGGAGGGGUACUCCCUGUAUCUGGGUAAUGAUGGAGGAGGGAGAGAUGGAGGGACACAGGGAAGUGAGGGAGGGGGAGAGAUAGAAAACAACCAGUCGGUACAAAGAGAGAGAGUGGGGGGGACUAUGAACAAGCUGAACAGAGAGAGGGAGGGAGGGAGGAGGGCAUUGAGCGAGGGAUGGGUAGUCUUCCAGGCUGAGGAGGCAGAAGUCUUACUACAGAGCUGCUGGAGGACAGGCUGGGAGCCCAGGAUAAUGCUCCGUCCCUCAGCUUGCGGCGGCUCGCCGGACACCUUGUAAUGCCUUGAGGUGUUAGAAGGAGGAGGGUUUUUAUUGUUGCAGCUGUGACUGUUUCUUUUUUUUUUCCAUUUCCUUCUGCCCAUUCCCAUCUACUCCUCUUUCCUCGGCAACCGCCGGGCUGCCCCUCCUCUUCUUCCUACUUCUGUCCCCCUUUUCCAGUGGAGGGAUUUGUGUAUUUCUUCAGGGAUUGUAGAAGACACGUCUCUCUGGAAAUGAUGGUGCUGCUGCCGAUGCUGCGCCCUCUGAUGCCGUAACGAUGCCAUUCAGCCCCCUGUCAAGUGACGAGGAGCAACAAAGGAUGCUGGGAAACAGUAGGCUUCUCUAUCCCGGGGCAGAAGACGAGGAAGAGGAGGAGGAGGAAGAGGAGGAGGGGGAAAUGGAAGAAGACGAGCGAGACGAGGAAGUAGAGGAGGAUGAGAAUGGUGAGCUGGAGGGGGAGGAAGAUGAGGAGGAGGAGGAGGAGGUGAGACGGGGAGGUCUGUCUCGGAUGGACCGGGGUCAGGGGCACAGGCAGUCUGGGAAAACGUCCGGGCGGCCCGCGGCAGAGCGACGCUCGGGGAAUCCAGGACACGCGGCAAACCCAUACUCAUCCAACCCCGGACCCCCCCACCAACAAGCAGCCAAUCAGAUGCAGCAGCAGAGGAGGCUGAAGGAUCGCAACUCAGUGGCAUCUGAAGAUGCCCACAUCGCCAUGAUGGUGUUCCGCAUAGGCAUCCCAGACAUAAAGCAAACGAAAUGUUUGCGGUUCAACCCGGAUGCCACAGUGUGGAAGGCCAAGCAGCAGGUGCUCUGCUCCCUGACCGAAUCUCUACGAGAUGUUCUGAACUACGGUCUGUUCCAGCCCGCAACGGACGGCCACGACGCCAAGUUCCUGGAGGAGGAGAGGCUGCUCAGAGAGUACCCACAGUCCUUUGAAAAAGGGGUUCCAUAUUUGGAGUUCCGUUAUAAAACCAGGGUAUACAAACAAACUAAUCUGGAUGAGAAGCAGCUGGCCAAGCUGCACACGAAGGCCAGUCUGAAGAAAUUCAUGGAUUACAUUCAAACCAGCGCUGUAGACAAGAUGGCCAAGUUUUUGGACAAGGGUCUGGAUCCCAACUACCAGGAUGCCGACACUGGCGAGACUCCUUUGACCCUGGCGGUGCAGUGCGAGCCAGGUGGGGGCGAGGCCAUCCGGGUGCUGGUGGAUGGAGGGGCUCACAUCGACUUCCGUGCCAAAGAUGGACUCACACCGCUGCACAAAGCAGUUCGAGGCCACCAUCACACAGCCCUGCUGGUGCUGCUCUCUUUGGGUGCAUCUCCAGACUACAAGGACCGGCGGGGGCUGACACCGCUUUAUCACACUGUGCUGACGGGAGGCGACACCUCCUGCUGUGAAACAAUGCUGUACCACAGAGCCAAGCUGGGCAUCAGGGACGAGAACGGCUGGGACGAGACGCAUCAGGCCUGUCAGAACGGAAACUCGCAGCAUCUGGAGCACCUCCUCUUCUACGGGGCAGAUUCCUCCUCCCAGAAUGCCUCUGGAAACACUGCCUUGCACAUCUGUGCUUUAUACAACAAGGAAAGCUGUGCACGAAUCCUGCUGUACCGUGGAGCCAGUAAAGACACUAAGAACAACAGCGGGCAGACGCCCUUUCAGGUGGCUGUCAUGUCUGGUCAUUUUGAACUUGGGGAAAUCAUUAAAAACCACCGGGACGUGGAUGUGGUUCCCUUUGUGGAGUCUCCAAAGUACGCCCCCCAGAGGCGGGACAGUUCCCGCACCCUGGCAGUGCCCCACCCUCACCCGUUCCUCCGGGCGAACAGUGACAGCAGCAUGAACCUCCCAGACUGGAUGGCAGUGCCCAACGCCCCGACCUCCAACAUUGUCUCUGUGCAGGGCUUCAAGCACACAGGAGCUCUGAGGAGUUCCAGCAGCCCCAGAGGAGCAAGGACACGCUCCCCAUCACGAGGGAGGAUCGGUGACAAGGAGGAACGGAGCAGGCAGAGCCGGAGGCAGGGGCCUUCCUCCACCAGCACCACAGCACAAACUGCAGAUCCCCGCAGACGCCUGUACAGCGCCGUCCCAGGACGGGUCUUUGUGGCCACUCGUGCGCACUCUGCACAAGGAGAGCGAGAAAUCAGCUUCAAUAAGGGAGACAGGGUUAAAGUGCUGAGCGUCGGCGAAGGCGGGUACUGGGAGGGCACGGUGAGAGGCCGCACAGGAUGGUUCCCCUCCGACUGCGUGGAGGAAGUGAUGCUGCGGAGCCAAGACAACCGAUCAGAGAGUCGAGGGGAGCGAGCUAAAAGGCUGUUCCGACAUUACACUGUGGGCUCGUACGACAGCUUUGAUGCUCCCAGUGACUACAUAAUCAAGGAGAAGACUGUGCUCCUCCAGAAGAAAGACAGUGAGGGGUUUGGCUUUGUGCUAAGGGGGGCCAAAGCUCAGACUCCAAUCGAAGAGUUUACACCCACUCCGGCCUUUCCAGCUCUGCAGUAUUUGGAGUCAGUGGACGAAGGAGGAGUGGCCUGGAGAGCCGGGCUCAGGAUGGGGGAUUUUCUCAUAGAGGUUAACGGUCAGAACGUGGUGAAGGUGGGUCAUCGGCAGGUGGUCAACAUGAUACGACAGGGCGGCAACAGCCUCAUGGUAAAGGUUGUCAUGGUAACACGCAACCCAGACAUGGAGGAAGGCUCCAGGAAGAAAAUCCCACAGCAGAGUAAGAGGCUGAACACUCCGGCUAUUGCCCUACGUUCCAAAUCAAUGACUUCAGAGCUGGAGGAAAUGGUGGAGAGAGCUGCUACCCCAUGGAAAAAAAAAUCAGAAUUCGAAUCCUCACAAGCUGUAGAGAAGAAGAGGACAGUCUAUCAGAUGGCUCUGAAUAAACUCGAUGAAAUUCUUGCAGCAGCUCAACAGACAAUCAGCAACAAUGAGGCGCCGGGGACACGGGGACAGGGGCCAAAGAGAGACAGGGGGAGAAGUUUCUAUGGCAAUGAGCAGGCUUAUGGGGAUCAGUCCGGGAUGGGGCUGAUGUCGUCAGGUUCGGGCCUUGGUUACGACCGAGGACAAUACGCCUCAGGUCAUGCCCCCCCGCACGGUAUGCUGCGGCAGAAAUCCAUCGGUGUGCCUGAGGAGGAAAAACAGUUCCUGCAUCCUCCAGGGAUAAAGUUUGCCAGAAGUCUAUCAGUGCCCGGCCCUGACGAAAUUCCUCCCCCUCCCACCACUGCUCCACCGGAGCCUCCAUUCUCCUCGGCUCCUCCACUUGGUUGGAGAGCCAAGUCCUCUCAGCAGCCGUCUGUCUCCGUGUCCCAAUCUACGUCCACCUCUGCACACUAUCAGCCCUACUCCCAGGCCCAGUCUGUGCACUUCACCCAUGGUGGCAGGGAGAGGGCAGGUGGUACCAGUGCUGGCCCUAGAGAUGGAGCAGUGGACCACACCACAUCUUAUGCACAUGCUGCGGCUGUCCAUACAGCUCAAAGCAGGACUGCUUCGCGAAAGGUUGCCUACACCGGGGAGCCUGUUGGGGUUGGGAUGGGGGUUAAGGCAGCAGGUCUCAGAAGAGGCUACAGCACAGCCGUCCCUCCAUCCAGCAUUGCAACAGUGAUGCCCCAGCAACAACAGACUACUCAGAGCCAACCCCAGCGUGCAGACCGCAGCGCAGCGUCAGCCGGGGGUCCUAAAGGAGGGGCCAGGAGAGGUAAAGGCCCUCUAGUAAAGCAGUCCAAAGUGGAAGACCUGCGUGUAGGCCAGGGAACUCUGGGGGGGAAAGACUCUGUGGAGAAAAGCUCCAUUCCUAUUCCCACCAUCAUUGUUAAGGCCCCUUCAACCAGCAGCAGUGGGCGCAGCAGCCAAGGCAGCAGUGUGGAGGCCGACGUUCCUGCAUCAGGGGAGGCAAAUGAAACAAAAACACCUCAUGGUGCUCCACCUUCCACUCCUGCUCCACAGCCUCCUGCGCCACCAUCCAUUCCAGCACCGCCACCUCCCUCUUUGCCUUCAGUUCGAGCCCAGGAAAACUUGGACUUCACCAGCCAGUUUGGGGCUGCCAUUGUUGGUGCAGCUCGUAGAGACAGGGAGCGGUUUCAUGAGGCGCGGCGAAAGAGCGCCUCCUUGUUCAUGUCAGCUGAGGAGGACGUGAGUCUUGGGGGAGUAAGUGAUGGAAUAGGUGGGAUAACAAGGACUCAGCUGUCCCAGCAGCCGCUCAACUCACAGGCUGACAGUUCAUCCACCCGACUACGACCCUCCAAAUCCAUUGAUGAAGGCAUGUUUUCUGCAGACACCUUCAUCCAUCACACUCGGAGUAUGCCCCCAGCUUUUGGCCUGCCUGAAUACUCCACGCCUGCCCUGGACUAUCAGCCCAAGUCUGUCCCUGCUGAUUUGUACACAUCAGCAGGCAGACAGCCCCCACUCCCCACAAACACCACCUUCAUUCACCCCCUUACCGGAAAAGCACUUGACCCCACAUCGCCAUUAGGGCUUGCCCUGGCUGCUAGAGAACGGGCCCUGAGGGACGACAGCACGCUGAGAAGAGGACCAGAGCAUCACUUCGCCCGCCAGAUGUCGAGUGUGGUCUUCCCUUCGUCCUCUGUUACCUCUCAGGCUGUGUCCUCCACAUCACAGUCCUCCAGCUCAUAUCUAGUCACCUCCUCUUCCCUGGCGGCCACUACCCCCACAGUUGGUCGCCCACCGUCUCCCAGAAUCCUCAGAGGAGCUGGGAGUUCUUGGGGUGAUGAAGGUGGUGGAGGAGAGAGGGAACGGGAAGGAGGGACUCGGGAAGGGCUUAGGGUUCGCUUCUCUGAGGACAAAACGGUCCACACACACCACUAUCAGUCUCAGCCAUAUCAGCCUUCCUACAAGGAGAGGGAACGCGACCGGUCGAGAGAAAGGGAGCUGUCAAGGGAGAGGGACAAAGACAGGGAGGGCUACAUGAGGAGGGCAGAGCAGACUGCUGCCAAUGCGGCUGCAGCUGAUAGCACCGGUCAUCAGGUGCCCCAGUCUCAACAGCCACGGAGGCCCACUUUUCUCAGGAUGGAAAGUCAAGCUGAUGCUUAUAGGUUGUCACUCACACCUCCUUCUCCUCCACCAACCAGCACCCAGCAACCAGUGAGCAAUGCAGGAGGCACCGGGACAGGCCUGAUGAUUCUUCCUCCUCCUGCUCCUUCAAUUGAUGCAGAUGAUGAAUUUGUGUACGUAGACCCCCUCCCGCCACCGUUAGAGUUUGCGAACAGCUUUGAUAGGGGAAUUUCCGGGUACUCACAACACAGGAUGCUGUCCAACAAUAUGGCUUCCCGCCAACAACAAGCCCCACCUCCUCCACCUCCUCCACCGCCACCACCUCCUCCUCCGCCCCACAAGGACCAUUUUGUAAGUGGCUUUCCUGCUCACACACCCCUGCCCUCGCCCCAGGCAGGUGACUCCACCGCCUCUAGCCUCACGUCAUAUGACAGCGAGGUGGCAAAUUUGACUCAGUCUGCUCCAUCUCCCUCCCAGACAUCCCCCAAUCCGCCUCCGCCUUCCUCACCAUCAACUCUGCAACCAACCACGAGACCCCCACCACACCCUGCGGUCUCUCCCCCGCCUCCUCCUGGAUCAUACCAUCGACCCUUCUCUAUGUCACACCAUCUUUACAACAGCACCCCUUCCACUGGAAGAUUUUCACCCACACCUCCAUCGCACAAUAUUGCACCACCCCCAGCAUACCGGGGUCCCCCGGCUCCCCCUACAGCUGCCACCUCUGUCCCGCACAGGGGCACUGCCUCCCAUGCAACGACCGCUAGCUGUGCUGCUACAACCACUGCUGCUGCCACCACAACAAGCACCUCCGUCCACCUCUACCAGGAGAGAACACAAAUGACACAUGCAACCACCUCCACCACCACUGGAGGCAGUCGCAGACCGGGGGAGCAACAGCGCUCUUACCCCACCACCAAAAAAGGAGAGUCUCAGGAGACGGUGGUGGACUCUGGAAUUGAGGAGCUGGACAGUCGAAGCAGCAGCGACCACCACCUCGACAGCAUCCUGGGACUGGGUGGUGCUGGUGUUCGCGGGGAAAGACUAGACCGAGGAGAGAGGUUAGGAGCGGGAGGGAGAUUGGGAGGAGGAGGGACAGGGGAGACAGAAAGAGGGGGAGAUUUCCUUGAGUCUUACAUGAACUACUUAGAUGGGCAAACUUUCGAGAUGCAGAAUGCAACCGCUGCAGCCUCCACCUACCCAAAAACGAGCAGGUUCAGAGACGGAGGCCGUACCGGGGAGCUGCAGAGACAGACGAGCACUGCUCCUGCAUCCUUCCACUCCCACAGGCAAAGGACGGAGCAGGAGGAGGAUGAGCUUGAGGAAGAAGCGGCAGACGAUGACAGUGGGCAGGAUGCAUAUAAUAUCAGGGACAUGCAAAACUUGGGACGUCCGACUUCGCCGUAUUUCGAUCGGCCACGCACGCCGGACAUGAAGCCUCUUUGGGGAGACGGACAGAUGAGCGGUGAUGGAAGCAGCCAGUCGGGAGCCAUUUUGGAAGGGAAGAAAAUUUACCCCCCUGUAUCCAGUAUGAAGCCCAACAUCAUUAAUGAGCUGAGCAGCAAACUGCAGCAAAGAAGCAAAGACAGCUGGAGCAGCCAGAGACCACUGAGCAGACACAGAAGCAGAAACAGAUUUUCAGAAGACUCUGCUUCAGCUCUGAGCCCCCCCUCAGCUCGAUCUCAGUCCCCGUCACCAAUCUCAUUAUCGCAGCCGUCGUUAUCGCCAUCUCCCACCCCCGCUUCCCACUACCCCAACUGGGGACGAUCACCUUCACCUCAGCCCCCAGCCGCCUCUCAGCCGCCACGUUCCCAUUCCCCAGUGUCCCCGACAUCUUAUUCCCCGUACCCCACCUCCCCCAAACACAGACCUGUCUACCGGACCAAAGCUCUAGAAUUUCAGUUCAUCCCCAGUCGAGACUCUCGAAAAGCAGAAUCCCACGUACUUCAGCGCAGGAGAGCCCCAAGCCCGCUCAUUUCCCCGUCCGAAAGGCCCAAGCUGGGCCCGCCGCGCCCAUCAUCCCUUCCUCUGCUCCCUACCUCACCCCUGUAUAGUGCCAUCUAUGACCUCCGUGGUUCCAUCACCCCACCCUCACCUGGAAACCCCCUUGGCGAUCCUUAUUUCUCACCUUCCCCUCCCCUGUUUGCUCCAUCUGGUGCACCUCCUCCUCCAAACUCCACUUUGGUGGUAUCUCGAUCCCUUUCUCCAACUCACUUUCUGUCUGGGACAUCUUCUCCGCCCCUACACCCUAUCCCUCCACCUACUUGCCUGAGUUACCCCCACUUACCACCCCCGUCCCCCACCAAGCCUUUUGCUUCCAAGCCCCUGCCCUACUGGACCAAGUAUGACGUUGCUGACUGGCUGGGAUACCUGAACUUGGGAGAACACAGAGACCGAUUCCUUGACAACGAGAUUGAUGGCACCCACCUACCCUCCUUGACGAAGGAAGACUACCUGGAUUUGGGAGUUACAAGAGUUGGCCACCGCAUGAAUAUAGAACGAGCUUUGAGGAGUGUGAUUGACAGAUUAUCCAGCAGCCCUUUUCCCAUCUCUGUCCUGUCACCUCGGGAUGGACAAACGGAGAGGAGGAUGGAGGACGGGAGUCGAAGCUGAGGCUGCAGGUCUGUUCCGAAGAGAAGCUCAGAGAGAAAUGAGGAGUCCUGGGAGUCAGUGAAGGAGGAAGACGCCAGUGCUGCUAUCCACAGGGGAUUCACACGACAAAUGAAGAGGGGGGAGGGGGGCAGAUUUUAAAGAGUAUGAGAAAUAAAGUUUAAGGCUUGAAGAAACCCCAGGAUGGAAGGACGGCUGACACAGACCGAUUCACACACACACGCUCAGACACAAACCCCCCUUCAUCUACAAUGUGUGAGAGGAUUCUGUUUCUGCAGCACCAAUCAGUGAUGAGGUCCUUAGCAGGAACCAUUACAGGCCAAAUGCAGUGAAAAACUUCCAUUGGUGAGUUUUCAGUCCCCACACUCCUCAGUUGGCGGCUCCUUUUCGUUGAGGAGUGCAGCCUUUUUGUGCGCGCGUCACAGAGAGGAGGAAGCAGUUCAGGGUGAAUGCUGAUGAAUGUGUGCAGAAGGUGCAUUUGUGUGCUUGGUGACAAAGCAGUAUUUCUUCCUCGAGUCUUAGAGGCGACGAGGCAGCAGAUGGAUGAGUGGUGUCCCUGGUUCCAGGCAGGGAGGCUUGCUGUGUGUUCGACUUGGAUUGGGCACGUGUUGUUUGUACCUCAUGGCUGCUAGGGCUCUGUUCUCAGUGCGCGUCCCGCCAUCAGGAUUACACGUUACCCUAAAGCUCUUUAUCAUAUUCUGCCAACAGAUAUACAGACUGGUCACUGUAUCACCAAUUUGUAGCAAAAAUAAGUGCCCAGACCAACAACGUAAAAAACAAUGAAAAUAAUUGAUGUGCACACACAGGCACCCAAGUUACUACCACUCAAGCCUGCAUGCAUACAUCAAACAUGUAGACGCUCCAGGUGUCUGUGACAGUUAUUGGGACACCUUCUAUAUAGACACAUUUAAUUUUUGGAUCCAACAAUGCAUCCAGGAGACGGGACGUGCUUUCAACUGUUAGGUGGGACUUACGUGAAGAGAAAUCUUCCAAAGGAUGUUUAUUUUUUUUUGUCAGAGACAGAUCUCUUCAGCAUGAAGACAGGUGCUAUAUGCUCCUUCUUCAGACCUUCUGAGUGGUGGAGUCUUCAAGCGAGAGCGGGGAUGAAGAGUAAAAACUGCCUCUUUUGUGUUCUUUCCCACCAAACCCCCUCAGCUCCUUCCAGGAGACGCAGUUCUCCCCGGAAAGGAAAACCCAGGAGGAGACGAGACGCCCGGCCGAGGAGGAACAAAUGCUUUCAUUAAGUUUUAAUACACUGAUUGUUCUUAAACUUUUUAAACUUUAAACGGGAUCACUGGAAUAUUGAUACAAAGAGAUUUGUUGUUACUUUUUAUCAUUACUAUCAUCGUCCUUACUGUUAUUGAAGUCCCGCUUUGCCUUUGCAGACUCAGAGGUUGCUCCCGAGGGAUCCUCUUUAUUUUAAGCUGUUUGCUGAAGAUAAUCAUUGUGGUAACUAAUAUUAAAGUAUGUGAGGGUAUUUUUGAAAAGUUGCACUUGACCCCGACCAUUGCUUAAUUUCUGUGAAAAAGCGACCAAGUGUGAAGCACAUUUCUCUGACAUGUUGACCUUGCUGUUGUCAGACUGUGAAGCUUUCAUUUAAAAUGUUAAAAAGGCCUCAAAGUAUAAUUUUCUCAGUUUUUUUUAAAUUAGCUGCCACUCAAUAAUAUGCAGAUGCUGUAAGGAUGUAGCAGCUGUUGCCAUGGAGGCAAGAUUUUUUUUCCUAAUCUUAGGAUGCGUCACUUUUGGAUUUUCCAACCUGCAUGUAAGCAAGCCCCCGUUGAUUCACCACAAACUCUUGUUUCCCUUUGUUUUUUGCCACUUUCCGUUAGUUGUCGUAGCUUUGCUGAGAUCAAAUAUAAGGGCUCUUUCAUGACCUCUACCUUCACCUCUCCUGCUGUCCUCAAGUCCACGAACACUUUUGUCAAAUGUGAAUUAGACGGCCAUUCCUGCUCUCCUCGGUAUACUUUUGCAAAAAAAAGCAAAGUUCUACAUGUUUGUUCCUCAAAGUGCACACAGGCUGUGAAGUGUGAUUCUGCAGAGGUUCUUCGAGUGAUUAGUUUUGUACCCGUUUAUGGACAGAUGGGCAAAAAGAGAUUAUAUUUAGAUGUAAAAGAAAUAACAUUAAGGACGAUGAAAAUAAUGUUCAUCUAUCAUUUAAGAUGUACAAACAAGAGAAAUCUGAAAAGUUCUAAAGAAUCUUUGUCUUCCAAAUAACGUUUAACAAGAAAAGGUAAAAUGUGUUUAUUUAACUGCUCUGCUUCCUAUACAGUUUGACCCGUUCUCUGCCUUUUUGCGCUCUUUUCCUCUCAUUCGCAUCUUCCAGUUUGUACAAAGCAGCUCCUGCAAACGGUCGGUCACAUGUGCCAAAGUGCUCACAGCUCAUCCACCUGUACCUCUACAUUAUGCAACAAUCUUCUUCUCAUGACCAACUGUGACUUUUUACAUUUCCCUUUGGAGGUUUUGAGGUCAUUUCAUCUAAAAGAAGGCCAAACAGGAACAUUGUGGCUCAGAUUCUGCUUCCAUCAGGUCUGGGGGGAAAAGAAAAGAAACUGGGGCCAAAACCUUUUUGCCCACACCUCCAGCAGAUCAAAUUUUGAAAUGACCUAUGAGAAACAGCUUUGACUCAUUUCUCUGCUGACAGAGCGAGCGCUCGCGGAAUACAACUGGACGAAAACAUCUGGGGGAAUCGGUCCGACUCUAUAGAAAGCAAUCGAUUUCAGUUAAGAGAUCUUCAAAAAAAAAAAGAGCUGAUAAAGUUAACUUACAGAAUAUAUAUGUAUAUGUUAUAUGCAUAUACACACAUUCAUACAAAUAUAUGAAUUUCAGAUGUUUUAAGAAAUAAAUUGUUAGAAAUAUAAUAAACAGAAACUGUUCU